CAGACUCGUAGUCCGCUGUCCGACAUAAAUCCAAUAUGUCAGUCAAGAUAUGGCAAACUACCGAAAUUACUGUUUUAUUUGAUUGUUAAGUUUAUUGUGCGGUAAAACAAUAAUUUUUAAUUAAACACGAUGCAUUCUAGUAAAGCCAUUGAUUUUCCAUUAUAACGUCGUGCAAGUUAUGUUAUUAGUUAAUUUGUUAGUGAAAGAAAAAUAGUUGUUGUUAUUUGUUUCAACAAAGCAAAGCUGCAAUUUCGUUAUAAGAAGAUGAAUUGUUAAUAAGUGUGCUGUGAAUUUAGAUAUAAUGUGUGAGGAUUAUCGGUUGUAAUGUAAAUAAAAAAAUAUUGUUUGUGCGCGCAUGCGUUUCUAUCGAAAACAGACAAAGGUUUUGUGUGGUUUUAAAAUCAGCUGUGUGCAAUGACUUAGUGCUACCUAAAGUGUUUGUUUGUAAGCGACAAUGUUUAGUGAAAUUGGAUACACAAUUUUUCUACUACUUGCCCUGCCUUACAUAGAGAGUGCAUCUCGGCGCCUCAGUGAGUACGUAGAAAACUACGAAGAGGUGCAUUACAAUCAUGAUGAGGUGCAUCUCCAGCAUCUGCGCGCGCGCCGCUCCGUCGACCCGCCAGAUCUGCGAAUUAACUUCGAUGCGCAUGGGCGGCGGUUCAAUUUGCGGCUGCGACGCGAUCUGUCGGCCUUUAGUGAUGAUUUUAAGGUUCACGGUUCCCAAGGGGAGCUGCAUGACGUGGACACAUCGCACUUAUACACGGGCGAGGUAUCUGAUGACCCGCACUCCAAGGUGUUCGGUUCGGUGACAGAAGGCGUCUUCGAAGGUAAAAUAAUGCUGAGCGACGGCUCCUACUACGUCGAACAUGCAAAGAGAUACUUCCCCCAGAACAACACCAGAGGACGGGUUCACUCCGUCAUCUACCGGGAGGGGGAUGUUAUUGACCCCUAUGCGCAUAGGAGGCAUGGUCACGUCGGCGGUUGCGGUGUCACAGACGAGGUCGUACAAUGGAUGGAGAGGAUACAGAGUUCUGGAGUGGAUGACGACGCACUAGCUUCACCACCUCCCGCAUCUACAAGCACGCACCAUCACCCUUCGUCGCCUAUACCAUCACACCCAAACAGUCUUAGGGAUGAUCCGCCUAGACAUUGGGAGCACCAUCAUCACAAUAAAUACUCACGUGCUGCGAAUACCGGAGAGCAUUCGCGGGCGAAGCGGGCAACUGAAUCGAAAAUUAAAAACACAUGUUCCUUGUAUAUACAAACGGAUCCGCUCAUAUGGAGACAUGUGAGGGAGGGGUUUCCCGAUCAUCUCGACCGUAGCAAGAAGAAUGAGAUAGACAUGAAGACACGCGAAGAGAUCCUCUCCCUCAUCUCUCAUCAUGUGACAGCUGUCAACUACAUCUACCGGGACACAAAGUUUGACGGACGACGCGAGCAUAGGAAUAUUCAAUUUGAAGUUCAAAGGAUAAAGAUCGACGAUGACUCUGCGUGCAAGAAACACCCGUUCGCGACGGAAACGAACCAGUUCUGCUGGGAGAAUAUUGAUGUGUCAAAUUUUCUGAAUCUCCACUCGCUGGGCAAUCAUGAAGACUUCUGCCUGGCCUAUAUGUUCACUUAUCGGGACUUCACUGGUGGAACUCUGGGUCUGGCCUGGGUAGCGAGCGCAAGUGGCGCCUCUGGGGGCAUCUGCGAGAAAUACAAAACCUACACCGAAACCACUGGGGGUCUAUACCAAAGCACCAAGAGGUCACUCAACACUGGUAUCAUCACAUUCGUCAACUACAACAGCAGGGUGCCGCCUAAGGUCAGCCAGCUUACGUUGGCACACGAGAUUGGACACAAUUUUGGAUCGCCGCAUGACUACCCGUCAGAUUGUCGUCCUGGAGGCCAGCAAGGGAAUUUCAUUAUGUUCGCAUCCGCGACCUCUGGUGACAGGCCCAACAAUAGCAGGUUUUCAACCUGCUCUGUCAGCAACAUCAGCGCUGUAUUGGACGCUGUCAGGGAUGGAAGGAAAAGGGACUGUCUAAAGGAAAGCGCUGGAGCGUUCUGCGGCAAUAAGAUUGUCGAGGUCGGAGAGGAGUGUGAUUGUGGUUAUGACGAAAUCGAGUGUAAGGACCGUUGCUGUUAUCCUCGACAAGUGAGCACAUAUGACCUUGAGCGGAACUCGUCGGCUAAGGGCUGUCAGAGACGGGCCAACACGCAGUGCAGCCCGUCCCAAGGCCCGUGCUGUCACGCGCAGACCUGUCAGUUCGUGUUGGCCUUCCGCAAUCAGACGUGUCGUGAAGCGACGGAGUGCAGCCACGCGUCCUACUGCUCCGGACGCUCCGCUGACUGUCCCAACCCCAGGUCUUUGCCUGAUCAUACCAAGUGUAAUAAUGGUACUCAGCUAUGCAUAAAGGGCGAUUGCAGCGGUUCCAUGUGUCUCGCGUGGAACAUGAAGGAGUGCUUCCUUUCCUCGUCUCCCACCAAAAUCGGGGAUGGGGUCACGGCAGUUGUCAACCGCAGGGCCUUGUGCCAACUCGCGUGUCAGACGGGGCCGGAGCCGGACUCCUGUCGCAGUACGGCAGACUUCGCGAAGCAAGUGGGUCUGCCCAGUGAGGGCAUCAGUUUGAGACCUGGAUCGCCGUGUGACAAUUUCCAGGGUUAUUGCGAUGUGUUCCUAAAAUGUCGGGCAGUGGACGCCGAAGGCCCUCUAGUCCGGCUGAAGAACCUCCUCUUGAACCGCGAGACCCUCCAGACCUUGCAAGAGUGGGUGACCGAAAAGUGGUGGGCAGUUCUACUCGGCGGGGUCACCCUUGUGGUGCUAAUGGGGGCUUUUGUCAAGUGCUGCGCCGUUCAUACGCCUUCCUCGAACCCCAAGCGACCGCCGGCCAGACGUCUGUCCGAAACUUUACGACGUCCGAUGAACACUUUGCGUCGGAUGCGUGGAGGCAACGCAGAGCCGCGACGCGCAGGCCACGCCCCUCCGCGGCCUGGUCACCGCAGAGCCAGGAACCACAAGGGCUACGCCCCCCCACUCACCUAUACUGCCCGGGAGCUCGGUGCGGGUGGGCCAGGCCCGAGCGGGCGUCGCGAACCGUACGCCAACGCGUAUCCGCAGGCGUACGAGAUGCGUCCGGCGCACAAGGUCUGACACAGCGUUCUGCCGCUGCUCUGCUACUUGCAGCACGCACACACGCACACACACCUCUCGUGAACACACACACGAUUACUUUUAGCGAGGCCUUCGAUAUUACCGUGCGUUUACUUUUGUAGGGAUUUGUAUAAAAUUACAGUUGGUUAGUUAAGUUUUAAAUUUAUAUAAGUCUUUUGUUCCAUUAUGAGAAAUAAUCACAAAAAUAUCGCGGUAGUAUGGAGAUUAUAUCGUAUUUGCCUAACGAAUGAACCAUGUAAAUUGUCAUAUAUAUCAAAUAACUGCUUAAUUAUAGUCUGUCAGAAGUGUACUGAAAUACUAUAAUCAAUACAAAAAACGAUUUUUUGCUUAAAACCUGGAAAAAUGUUUUAUCGAAAGCAAUGCUAAAAGUAUGGAAUUCCGAUGUUCGCUGCCACAUUUUAAUUUAAAGCAUUUAAACUAUUAAGCGAUUAAAGACAGUGUAUUUUACAGUAUUAUUUCAUGUCUCGGAGAGAAGACAAGUUAAUUGAGACCUUGGAGACCAUAAGUUUAACUUUGUCAAGUUGUGAGGGCGUCUCAAGUCUAUCUCCGGGGCAAAUCCGAGUUGUUCAGUAGGAAUAGUACUACUGAACAACUAUACAUUUGUUCUCAUGUUCACGAGCCAUUGAAACAGGGCGGAACUGUUUCUAAAACGUUAUAAAAUUACAAAAAUUUGAUAGCGUAAAUAUCUCUAUGCAAUCAGUUUUAGGGAGAAUUAAUUUACAUUUAUUAGCAUUUUAGUUGUUGCUCUUUUGACGUGACAACAUCUGAUAAAUCGAUGAAAGCCGGCGACACGAAAAAGCAUGACGCAUUGUCCCGUUACGCUCAUUGUACGCUUGCGCCGCAUCUAUCUCUCUUCCACUCGAUUUGUAUAUGCGUCCGAGGAUUCCCUCUUUGUAUCCAUACAAAAUACUGAUAAUUCAAUAUUAUUCAAAAAAGUAUGCAAUCAUUUCAUCAAUGUUUUGUUUUGACGUUAUCAAGUUAAACUAUCGACUUUACAGACAACAACUUUUUAAUAUUCUUUCGAUAUGUAAAGGUCCUUAUCAACUUAGUUUAAACUUCUCUUUAGAAACAGUUUCGGCGCAACCAUAAUUGACCAUAAGUUUGACAUUCAUCAAAAUGCGUCAACUAUUUGUAUGAAAAACUUUAAAAUUCAUAAAAAAAUAUUUCAAACUUAUGGAAAAUGUUAUUUUGUGUUCAAUAAGAGCUGUAGCUAGGCCCAUUUUACCGCAUCGUGUUCUGAAAUUAGCUAUUAUUUUUAUAUCGAAAUCUCUUCAGUCGGCCGUACCGACACGUGUGUAUAUUUUGUAUAUAAUCAACAUAUACAAUGUAAAAAUAUCAAAUAAUCGUACUGUUAUUAGUUAGUAAUCCGUUAUUUUACUGGAAUCUCCAUAAUUGUAAUUUUAUAUGUCAUUAUUUGUAGAUGUGAGAAGUCUAGGUGCCAUGUAGAGAUUUGCGGUUAGGAUUCCGAUCGGAAAGCAUUUGAAUUCCGAGUCGUCUGUCAAUCUCAAUUUUAUAUCACCAAUAAAAUCUAUCUAUCCUAAUAGUUUAACUAUUAAUAGUUAAAUGAAGUGGCAGUGACUUUUGAAGUAAUCAUGAACAACUCUGAGAGCGGGUGUUUCGAAUUCUUUCCGUACGUAAUGUUUCAAAGCAAUAUGACUCGAAAAUUGUCACAAAAUUAUCAUUAACGGGCUCAUUACGUAUACGGCCCGAAAAGGUUGUUUUGAAGCUCAAAUUUGGCCCAAUAGAUUACAAUUAGUCUUCCUAUGGCAAUUAGUUUAAUUUCGUAGAUAUAAAGACAUUGCCAAAUGAUCAAAAUGUUUUAGACUGAUCUUUCGAUAUUCAGCUUGUUUAAGCGUUUUAAAGUCCAGCUCAAAAUUUAAUUUAGGUGAAAAAUGAAAAGCUCCAAUCGUAUUGCAUCAAGUAUUAAAGUGUACAGUUGAAUUGAUCUCUCCUAGGUAAUUCGUUUCUUACUCCGUCGUGCAAGCCAAAGAGCAUGAUGUUUUAUUAUUUUCUAUAUAUUAAGGAUAGUUCUCGUCUAAGUGUACCGUGUUAAUGCCAUUUUUUAGGAUCGAUAUGCAUUGUAAGCAUUGUAUAUUUGUAUGUAUGGAUGAAUGAGUGGCGACUCGACCAAUUGACUCGCGACGCGCCUUUCGCGUAGUAAUGGCAUUAUUUCUCCUAAGUGUAAGCUAGUUUACCGUUAUAGAAUAUUUAAACAGACAAUGUGAAUAUUUUUAAUUAACAAGAUAAAUGUUACAACAUGUGAUUUCAAAAUAACAAAAAAAUACAAUAAAUUUUACAUGAUCUUA